ACGCGAAAUGAAAGUGAAUGUAGGUGGGAUCCUUUAUUGGAGCACCAUCGACCGAUCUUGAGAUUUAUCGAUAGAAUUGAGUUAAAGCAUACCUGUUGGGACCCGAAAGAUGGUGAACUAUGCCUGAAUAGAGUGAAGCCAGAGGAAACUCUGGUGGAGGCUCGUAGCGGUUCUGACGUGCAAAUCGAUCGUCAAAUUUGGUUUUAUGAGAAGCUAACAGGUUACUUAAUUGAACCUGGGCAAUCGAAUGAGAACACCACAAAAGGUGUUAGUUCAUCUAGACAGCAGGACGGUGGCCAUGGAAGUCGGAAUCCGCUAAGGAUAGGCAGGCGUGAAGAUCGUGAAGAAGUCAUGGGUGUAAACCUUGAUGGAACGGUCUUUAGUGCAGAUCUUGGUGAUAGUAGGAAGAGCUUGACACUUAUGUCAGGUCCGAUGCGUUCUCAACGAUCCUUGAAAAACCAAGGGAAAGAUUUAUUUUCGCGUCAGGUCGUACUCAUAACCGCAGCAGGUCUCCAAGGUGAACAGCCUCUAGUUGAUAGAAUAAUGUAG